ACUUGACGUAUUAAGGCACAGCUGGCAUAGUGACGUUCAUGAUAUCUGAUAUAUGUAUACAUAUGCACGUGGUAUCGCGCGCAUAAUCCGACCGCGCGAUACAUCGUAUUAUUACAUCGCUGAUAAUUCACGUAGACCGCCAACGCAGGUCGCAGUGGUUAGUGUGCCGAUGGAUUGCGUGACGCUCAUUGGAGACUCCAACACGCGACUCGUAACCUUCAUAGGUUAGGCCGCGACUCCAGAGAUCAAUCAACGAGGAAGGAAGUCGAGGAAGGAAAGGAAUAAGAUUCAGAGCGAACACGAUGCGGGCGGCUAUCGCAGUGUUCUGCGUCUUCCUCGGUUGCUGCACUAACGUCGUGUUUCUGGAACUGCUUGUCAAAGAUGAUCCUGGCAGUGGGAAUCUCAUUACGUUCUCACAGUUCCUUUUUAUAUCCAUCGAGGGAUUCUUGUUCACGUCCAAAUGUGGCACUGUUAAACCAAACAUAGGCAUAAAGGAUUAUUUUAUCCUGGUCACAAUGUUUUUUAUUGCCAACGUAUGCAAUAAUUAUGCGUUUGACUUUAAUAUUCCUAUGCCGCUACACAUGAUAUUUAGAGCUGGUUCUCUUAUAGCUAAUAUGAUUAUGGGGAUUGUUAUUUUAAACAAGAAGUAUAUGUUUAGCAAGUAUUUGUCAGUAUUUAUGAUCACUACGGGAAUAGCGCUCUGCACAAUUGUUAGUGGCAAGGAAAUCAAGUCCUUGCAGCAGAAAAAUGUAGUGCAAGUAGCCACGACACCGUGGGACGAUUUUUUCUGGUGGGCUUUAGGCAUAUCUCUACUCACGAUCGCUUUAUUUGUUUCUGCUAGAAUGGGUAUUUAUCAGGAGGUACUACACAGCCGGUAUGGUAAAAACGCGCGGGAGGCUUUGUACUAUACACACUUGUUACCCUUGCCGUUCUUCCUAACACUAGCGCCUAAUAUUUACGAUCACUGGAACUUCGCACUCGCAUCUGAGCCAUUAAGGUUACCUGUGAUCGGUGUAUACAUGCCAUCGUUAAUCAUAUAUUUAAUUGGAAAUGUUCUGACGCAAUACAUGUGCAUCAGCUCUGUAUUCGUAUUAACCACGGAAUGCAGCUCUCUCACGGUUACUUUGGUAAUAACGCUGCGAAAAUUCCUGUCGUUGUUAUUCUCUAUAGUCUAUUUCAAGAAUCCAUUUACUAUAUAUCACUGGAUUGGUACGCUGCUAGUCUUCGUAGGCACAAUUAUUUUUACAGAAGUGAUACCAAAGAUUAUACAAAGCUUACGGCGGGUACCUAAGACGAAAAAAGUGGAAUAGUUCAUUAAUUUUAAGAAUAAGGCAAGGGC